CUAAUUUAAUUUGCAUAGAUUUUGAACUUAAGCAAAGUGGGAGCACAAAUCAUAACGUGCGCACUCCCUUCCGCCGCCCCUCCAACACCCCGCUAACUUGCGCACCUCCCCUCGCUCCCCCACAUUUCCACCUGAAAUACCUUCCAUCCAUCCCUGCCGCCCAUCCUCUCCCUCUCCACCCCCCCCUUCCUCUCACUAUCAUGCGCCAUCACCUCCUCUCCUCCACCAUCACCAUGGCCCCUUCCUCCUUCAAAAAACCCACCACCGCCGCCAAACCCCCCUCCACCCACCACCCAAAUUCCCCAAAUUGCCCUUCCGUGUGCAGACACUCUCCCUCCGCCACUCUCGACCUCCUCAUCUUCAUCCUCGUCGUUUUCUCCGGCACUUUCUUGAUCGUUUCCUAUUUUUCUUACCUCUUCCAAUCCCUCUCUCUAAUCCUCCCCCCUUUCUCCACUAUCAUUUCCCAUUUUCAUUACCAUUUGACCUCCAACCCCCAAUCCCAGUUAAUCUUUUUUGCUCUAUUCGUUAUCUCAUUUGUAGCUUUUGUUGUUUUCUUUGAGAUCUGUUGUGGACAAAGAUCAAGAAGGUGCGGGAAGAAAGGGUGUAAAGGGUUGAAGAAAGCGAUGGAGUUUGAUUUGCAGCUGCAAGGAGAGGACAUGUUGAGAAUUGGCAACGGAAAUAAGGCAGUGAAAGAUGUGAAUGAGUUGCCAUGGAAAGGAGGCAGUGAAGAUAACCCGGACUACGAGUGCCUGCGUGCAGAGUUAAGGAAGAUGGCUCCGCCUAACGGGCGGGCAGUGCUGCUCUUUCGGGACAAAUGUGGGUGCCCGGUGUCGAAACUCGAAGGUUGGGGGCCUAAACGUGGUCGGCGACACAAGAAGAGUCUGGCUCUUACUGGUGGAGGAGAUCCCCGCUGACUGCAGAUGGAUUCAUCACUUGAUUCUCAUCUACUGUUUCUUCUUUUGCCAUUGGUUCAUGGUCUAAAAGAUUGUAGCAGAAGAAACAUUAUUUCUUAAAAGAAAUCUUUCUAGUUGAUGGCUCUCCUUGUCGUCAUAAAGAAACUUGAACUUGCCCACAUUGUUGGGAAGUUUAUAUAUUUCUCUACACCAAAUGCAUGAGAAUAAAUAAGGAAUAAUUGAAUAGGACUUUCCAAAUUUAUAUCUUUAGCAUGUUAUAUCUAUGCUAUGCUUUUUCUAUUCUGGAAGCGGCAUUCAUAUAAAUGCUUUGGACUGGAUCUCUUCUGGUGCUGAUCUUCUGAAGCUUUCUAUAUUUCAUGUGAAUGAAGUAUCGUAUUCUACUACUUUUCGCGAGUAUUCUAAGUUGAAUUAUUGGUAUGCGACCUGAUUCAGGACUGAGCUUCUGCACUGAGUCUUAGUUCCAAGUUGUUCUAAUGUCCCUGCGAUGCUUGUAAGAACAUCUACCUGAUGCAACAUGAUGGUAGCAGUACAUCUGAUCAUUAUCAGUCCAUUUUUCUAUGUAUAGCUACUUGCACUGUAAGAUUAUUUCCCUUUUCAUGCGUCAUGUAUUACAUCUGCUAUAUGGGUUGGAUGGAAUCCCACAGAAGAUUUUGGAGUCA